UGUCUACUCAAGUUUGGUUGGUAAAUCUUUCAUUAGCUAUAUAUACAUGUACCAGCUUUAAUUGUAAAUUAUCAAUAAUUCGUUUCUGUGUCGGAAGUAUUCUUUAUACAUUAAGAAGAGGCUAUUAUGGUGUUUAGUUUUUAUGCGCAUACUUUAAGUAUUCGGUACAGUAUCAAAUAACAGAGAAGAUUUAAAUAGUACACGAAAUAUUGUGCAUUUUAUAUUUAUUAUAAUCUCCAAGGGGGAAUACGUGAUUUAGCACAUAGUGCAAUUUAAAGAGAAACGUACUGUUUGUUUUAUAAAUUCACGAUUUUGGCAUAUAAUGUGAUCAAAUGAAAUGUUACUAUUUGUUUUUAUAGCAAAUAGUGGUUUUAAAUCACCAAAUUAAAUUAAACUUCAUUGUUGUCAAUCAACAGACCAUUCAUUCGUAUGGACUAAUUGUCUUUAUUUAUAACGCAUUCAUUUGAUUAUUAAACGGUGAAAAAAAUCAAGGUGACAGGUAGAACAAUCAAAUGUUGGAUUAAGCAGUUUGUGGCAGGAGUUUUUAUAUUUUAUCUUUAAAAAUGUGGUCGUCAAACGGUGUUACAAAGAAUCGUGUUUCACCAAUUCUAAAUGGACAUACCCGUUAUGAUAGUGAUGUUAAAUCGGCAAAAUCUGCAAGUGGUGUUCAAAUUGACAUUGAAAAAAAUGGACACAUUCCGUCUUCUUUGUCAAAAAAAUUAACAAAUCUUAUACGACGAAGAAAAUACGACAAGUUACACGUUGAUAAUGCUGGACAUUUAAUGUUGGAUACUUCAGAAGGGCAGGGAAGAAGGACACUUCAUAUUUCGGAAAGACGAAGACAAAACAAACUGUUUGAGAAGCCUGUAAAACCAGUCAAAGGGUGCGAUGCAUGGAAAUAUCACCAGAAACAGAACUGGAGAAAAUUUAAAAUAAGUUUGAAGGAAACAGGUUAUAAACUAGAACUAUGGAGAUCAUGGUUCAAGAGAAUAGAAGGUCAUCAAGGAACUGGAGUGCUGUCAUACUUUGUGUUUUUGAAAUGGAUGUUCUUUUUGAACCUUUACUUGUUUUUGAUAAUGUUUUGGUUUGUGGUGUUUCCGCCUAUUGUAUUCAACGCUGAAAGUACUUACACCACUGACGUAACAGGUACCAGUGUAUCAGGGGUUUCUACCACUAAUACCGCCACUUGUACAUCAGAGUAUGAUACCAGCUUAGUUUAUUCAACAAGUGGAGCUAGAGUUGUCCAGGAUUUCAUUCAAGGAACUGGAUGGAUGGAAAAGACAGCUCUCUUUUAUGGAUGGUACCCUGCAAAAGAGAUCAAUAUUACAUCUUCUAAUGAAUAUUUAAUGCCGUUUGCCUAUUUUAUGGCAGUACUUGGUGUUUUAUUCUUCAGUCUUGUACGAAUGGCAAGAUUCACCAUUAGAAGUUUUAAGGAAAACUUGGCGCAAGAUAAUCAAAAUGAUAAAGUAGACUAUUGUAACAAGGUAUUUGGAGGAUGGGAUUAUGCUUUAGAUGACGAGAAUACCGGUCAUGGCAAGAAAAGCAGUAUUUACAAUGAUAUUGUUGCUAACCUUGAUCAUCAGAAGUACGUGUUAACCAGAUCAGAAUGGACAACCGGUCAGAAAUGUAAAACCUAUACAAUCAGGGUGGUGAUAAACAUAUUGAUUCUGGCUAUUCUUGGUGGAGCAGGAUACCUGAUCUAUUACGUCAACAAAUGGGCAACUGAUUACCUUGCUACAGAAGCCUCAAGUGGGAGUGUAAUGAUCCUUCUUGUAGAAUUUUUGCCAUCACUGACAAUUACUAUUCUGAAUGUAUUAAUACCAUUGCUGUUCGAAGUACUGGUCAAAGCUGAGGAUUACACAGCGGAAUUUGUCAUCAAAAUUACAUUAGUCAGAACUGUAUUCCUUAAAUUGGCAUCACUUACAGUUUUGAUGAUUUCCUUGUAUAUCCAAAUAAGCUGUUCAACGAAAACAGCAACCUGUAAUGUUUGUUCAACAAUUUAUUGUUGGGAAACGUAUGUUGGCCAAACAUUAUAUAAAUUGGUAGUUCUGGAUUUCUUAGUGCACAUAAUUGUAAUAUUCUGCUAUGAAUUACCUCGCAAGCUGUGUACUACUAAAUGUUCAUGCGGUGUUUGUGCUAAGAUUGGACCUGCUGAAUUCGAUAUUGCCAAAAGUGUUCUUGACUUAGUGUAUACACAAGCACUCUGUUGGAUUGGAUUCUUAUAUUGUCCACUGCUGCCUGCAUUAGCUAUGGUUUCAACUUUUACCCAGUUUUACCUCAAAUUGUUUUCUGCUUUAUAUACAACAGUACCACCAGAAAAGCCAUAUAAGGCGUCAAAAUCUAACAAUUUCUUCAUGAUAGUGCUUAUGAUAACCUUUUUCUUAUGCUGUUUCCCAGUAGGUUAUUCUAUGGUCAAAAUCGAACCAUCAAAAGGGUGUGGGCCUUUUAGGAUCUACAGUGAUAUGAGUGUUUCUGUCGACACCACUAUAAGCAACUUCCCAGAUGGAUUGAAGACAGCUAUUGAAAUUCUUACUUCUACUUCAAUGAUCGUCUCUAUAUUGACAAUCCUAUGUUUGACGAUAUAUUACCUAUAUGUGAGAGGCAAAGCCCAUAACGAAAGAGCAGAGGUGAUGAAAGAACAACUUGUUAUGGAAGGUAAAGAUAAACAGUUUUUGUUGGCAAAGAUGCAUGAUAUAACUGGUGAACCAAGACAGAAACCUAAGAAACAUCAGCCUCCACCUCCGCCAACAGUUAAUACAGUCAAUGAAGCAGAAGAUUAUAAUGAAGAUUAUUUAGCUAAGACAAAACAUUUUAUACAGGAUGAUGUACCCCCGCCGCCAGCUUAUGAAGAAAAAGUUACUGAAGAGAAACAACCAACUCCUCCACCUCCUGAGGUAGAGGAUGAUUGGGAUGAGGCCCCUAUCAUAUUAGCAGUCACAUCACCCCAAACACAACCAACGCAUAAUCGUCCUAAAUCAUCGUCUCCAGAACAUUUUGAAAUGAAAAAAAGAAAAUCUAAAAAAUCAAAGGUGACUCCUAGAGUUGAAAAGAAUGAACAACCUACAAAUAUGCCUUUUGACUUUUAAUAAUUUUUAUACUUGACUUUUGACAAUUAAAAGCAUGUCUGUGAUACAUUUUUUAUGACCCGUCCUAAUGUGUAUAUAAAGAUAUAUUAUAUAUAUAUCCGUCCUAUUUCUCUGUAUGUGCAUUUUAUAAAACAAAUAUAUGAAAGACAUGUGAUGUUCUUCAAUUGUUGAAUGAACAUGUAAUUUUCUUCUAUUGUUGAAUGAUUUUGAUUGAAUAUUCUGUAAAUGUGAUUUGUAUUGCAAUUUAUUGUAUUUUAUUCUUGAUUAACGUUUUUAUUUUGUAUGAUUCCUCAUUCUAUUUUUCGUCGGUUCUCUUAUUUCAUUAAUCAAGUAUGAUAGUGUUGUUGGCAUACUAUCUUACUUUUUUAGCUUUAACAAAAUUUAUAAAUGAUAUUUUUCAUUUAAUAUAACCAUCUUGCAAGUUCUGUGGAUAGUAUUUCAGUGCUUUGCUACAGCUAUCAUUAGGCACACUUUUAAAAAUUGUGUUUUCCAAUCGGUUAGAUAUUCCAAAAUAAAAGCUAGUUAUUCAAGUCAUAAUACAAGUUUUUGUUUUUGAUAGUUCCCACUUCAAAUUAUCUUAUAACGGAUUCUGCCUUUUUAACGAACCAUAUCGUCCAUAACAAACAUUUAAUUUAAAAAUUUAACCUUCAUUUGAUGAAAUUAUCCUUUUUACUGAAAGUAAAUGAGGAAAACCUUGUUAUUUUCAUUUGAUUUGUUAUUACUACUUGAUUAAACUACUUAAGUAUUUUAAAAUAAGUUUUGAAAGUUUGGAGAACAAAAAAAUUCAACUAAUAGAAAUAUUUGUCACUAUUUGUUAUGGAUCAAAUGUGAUGAUUGUAUUUCUUCUUUAUAUUGGUGUUUGUUUUUAACUGGAUCACCAUUUAACAUUUAUUAAGCUCAUCAUUUGUAUUCUUUAACAUCAUGAAAAUAGUAUAGCUUUAUAUUUCUAUGUUUCUCAAUAGUGUCUCUAUUUUAAAUGCUCACUAAUAGGAUUGACAAUCGUUGUGAAAGAUUCAUUUGUUCAGAACUCUUAUUAAUUUAACUGAUUGCAGUUUCAGUCAGCUGAAACUAGGAACUGUGAAAUGAAGUAAAUUAAGAGUUAGCUCACAUCAUGUAAUGUUAUUAUCUUUAUGCAUAAAAAAAAAUAUUUUGAAAUUAGAUAUAUGCAUAUGUAUUUCAAAAGUUAAUGCUUCUUUGUGCAAUUCGUGUUUUUAAAUUACUUCAAUUAUAUGAAACUUUACAAUUCUAGGUUAUCAUGACAUCGAUUUAAUUUCGUCCAUCGUCAAGAGAAUGUCUUGCUACUUCACUCGCAAUAUUUUUAUAAGAAUGUUAUAACUUGUGAAUUUUAUAUAUUAUGUGGGGUACACAAAUGUCUUGAGACACAGGUGAAGGUGUAUUGUUACCAUGGUUAGAUAACGUUCAAAUCAGAACAGAAAAUCUAGUAACAUAUAAUGUGUUCUACUGUUGGUUAUUAAUACAUAUAUUCAAUUAAACCUAUUUAAUUAAAGCGAAAUGAGCUGUAAACUGAUCUACAUGAUUUGCUUCAGUCAUUUCGAUAGAUUUUCUGUUCUGACUUAUUCUCUUUAUACUGCUGCAUCUUUUCUUGAGUGUGUUGUAGUAUGACACUUAGUAUCUUCACAGAGUAAUAAUUAAUGAGCUGGUCUCAUGAGAUGCAAAUAUUUAUAUAUUUUAUGGUCAUAUAUGACGUGACUUUUGGUUACAAUCUUAAUAUUGUUGACAAUAAAUUUAUCUGUUCAUCUA